AUGCCAGGAAGCAGAAAUGUAACAGAGAACUGCCUUGUUCUCGCUGUAUCCAGCGUGGUGUUCCUCAACUAUGUCAAUGGCCGGAAAAUGAGAAGGGCCAUGCGACGCUACCGGAAAGAUCUUAUAGCGGAUACCCAGGGCACAGAGUUGGGGCAGUUGUAUAUUGCCCGGGGAGCACCUAGCUUCUUCGGUAAUUCAUACUUUGGCCACCAGGUGGCAGCGCGUAUGAUUCAGGAGUCAGCUCCCGAUCUACCCCCUAUGAGCUUGCUGUCUAGCAAGGAUUCUUUGCAAUCAUUUCGAAAUGACUCUGGGCCCUUUUCGCAAGUUUGGGAUUUACUUGGCCUAUUGCCGCGGAAUAAAGUGACUGUUGAUCGGCUAAUCGAAAAAUUCCUGACCGAGAUCAACUGGGCGAUUGAUACAGUUCACCCCAACACCUUCAGAUCUCAAUUUGCAGAAUUCUGGGGCCGAAAAUUUGGAUUCGACGAAAUCGCUGGAGUAGAUCUUCGCUGGCUUGCUCUUCUGUUCAUUAUUCUUGCUUUUAGCGUGCUCUUGGACAGUCCUACGACCUCUUCGCCCGAAAAGCGGAAAGAAAGCGAAGAAGCUUCUCUUCGUUUCUACUGGGCUGCCAGGCGAGCGAUUGUUAUCUCACCCUCUUUUCAUGGCGAGAGCUUAGAUCUUGUCAGAGCAGGUUUGAUGGUUACACGAUACCUGCUAUACACUAGACAAACUGCAGAGAGCUGGCUCACCAUCAGCUUUGCCAUGCGCAUGGCCCAGGCACAAGGCAUGCAUAUAGAUGGAGAAAAAUGGGGGUUGUCGAGAAAAGCCACCGAAACCAGAAGACGCCUUUGGAGCAACCUGUACUUGCUUGACAAGACUAUUGCUCUCGCUCUCGGCAGACCAUACGCUAUCUCGGAUCAUAUGUGUCUUAUCAAAGCACCUGAAAAUGUAUGGCUGGAUGGAUUGACUGAUGAAGAGUCUUCUAUUGCUACAACCCAUCCAUUGAGCUAUCCCACAAUGAGCACAGUCGCACUCCUAGGCAGUGGCCUAGGGAAAAUUGCAGGCGAAAUCCAAGACCGGUGCUUUGGUUUAUAUCCUGCAUCGUACGAUAUGGUAAUCGAGAUGGACAACAAGCUUGUUGCAUGGAAAGAGCAACUCCCAUCCUACUUUGCCGUGGAAGACCCCAACCUCUCAUUGGAUGAGUCGCAUACAUUUUUACCUUGGCAUCGUCUCUAUUUGCACUCUGCUUUCCACUUUGCCAGAAUCACUCUGCACCGACCUUAUCUUCUGCGCGAGUCCAUGACCAAUCGCUUCAGCCUUAGUCACGAGGCAUGCAUCUCCUCAGCAUCUUCCGAUCUGAAAAUCAGAUUGAAGUCCUUGAACUAUGGGACAUCAGAGAAUAUGAGAUGGACGCUAGGCACCCACAACAUGUUCAAUAGCGCCUUCAUCCUGGGUAUAAUCGCUGUGCGGCGACCAAUUGCUCCUCAAACUGCGGCAAUCUUGAACGAUCUUGAGAAAUAUUGUGAAAGGCUACGGAAGGAUGUUUGGCUAAACGAGUUUGGUCUUGCGGAGGUCAAAGUAGUAGAGUUGUGUAUAAUCCGUACUACUGGACUCGCCCAAGCCACCGACCAGCCGGAUGACCAGGUCCCAAUGAGUCCGCCUGAAAUAUUACCAGACUUUAUGACACAAGAGCGCGAAAGGAAUCCAAUGAUGUCAACAGUCAUGAACAUUGAGUCUAUUGCGGGUGCAUCGCCCAGCCAGCCACCUGGUUCUUCGCCCGACAUGAUGUGGCCCGCAGUCUGGGAAGACCAAAACUUUGCAUUUCCACAAGCUGCUGAUCUGGAAACCUGGGAGCAAAUGAUCUCCGAAAUUGCAUAUCACACUUAA